AUGGAUAAUUAUGAAAUAUCUGAUGAUUUUGAACGAUUUUGUCAAAUAGCCCAACGUUCACCAAGAGAUAGUUUAGCACCAACAAUACAAAUUACAGAACCAUUAUAUCGUGGAAAUAAUAAUAAUAAUAAUAAUUCACCUAUAAAUCAAUCUGAUUAUUUAUCAACAUUAAAUGUAGAAUCAUUAAAACGUGCAUCAAGUUUUCGUGAACCUAAACGUAGAACAUCAUUUCAACCAAGUAGUUUUAGUGGUGAAAUUAGUGCAACUAGAUCACCAAUAAGAUGUAGUCCACAAUGGGAUAAUCCAAAUGAAUUAACACAAUUUAAUUAUAGUUCUAAUUCAAGACAAAAACAACAACGUCCACGUUAUUAUAAUGAACAAAAUGAUACAAAUGUUUUACGAGCUACUGAUGUACAAAGAUAUUGGCAAAAUCAAGAUAUAAGUCGUGAAUCUACAAGUCCUUAUUCAUGUUCUCCAGCAAUGUAUAGACUUGGUACUACACGUGAUAGACCAGGAUCUAUGAAAGAAACUAGUUAUAAACGUACAAGAAGUCAAGAAAAACAUAAAUCAAGACCAUCAGCUCCAACAUUACAUCCAACAAAUCAUCCAUUCUCUCAAUAUUCACCUAGUCGUCAUUCAGUCAGUCAGACAGAUGAACAAAUGUUGCGUGUUCGACGUUUUGAACGAAAUAAACGUGGUGAUGUUAUUAGUAAAGGUGAUAGAGAUGUUCCACAGAUAGAGAUAUUUGCAUCUAGGAGUCCAUCGGGUGAUUCACGAGGAUCAGUAGUUUAUCCACAUACCAUACCUGAAAGUAGUCAAAAUCUUUCUGAAUCAUCACUAAGUGAUGAGGUAAUUGAGAUCCCGGCAAUCACUACAACUUUGGCUAGUUCACCAAGAGCUUCAAAUGAUGGUUUACAUAAAAUGUAUAGUAAGCGUGCAAGUAGUCCAGUUAGAGGAUUUAUACCAGAGACUAGACUACGUUCUAAAUCAUGGGCAAUUGUAACAGAAAGUCCAGAUACUUCACCUAAUAAAUUAGAAUCACCAUCUGGAGGUGAACUAUUCUUUGAUGAUCGUUUACUUCAAGUUCAAGUAAUUGGCACGGCUAGAGUCGGUAAAACAAGUAUGUGUAUGCAAUUUCAUACUUCAGAAUCAAUUGAAGAUCCUAAUGAUUCAAUUCAUGGGGAUGAACAGUUAAAUCCGGUAAGAGUUGAAAUUAACAAUUUGAAAGCAAGUCUUGUAUUUAUGGAGACAGACAUCAAUGUAGAAGAUACAGAUGAUGAACUUAACUCUGUGAUUGUUGAUACAGCCGAUGCUUAUCUUGUUAUAUACGCAGUUGAUGAUCGUGGUUCAUUUUAUACAGCAAGAAAAGUAAUCGGUUUAUUGUUAAGUCAAUGUAAACGUUCCAGUGCUAUAAUACUGGCAGCUAAUAAAUCUGAUUUAGUAAGAACACGAGUUGUAUCUAGUGAAGAUGGAAAGAAUUUAGCUCAAAUUUAUUCAUGUAGUUUCUAUGAAAUCUCAACAUCAAUUAAUCAUCGGGUUGAUGAUUUAUUAGUUGGUAUAUUAAUUGCUAUAAAAGAACAACAAAAAAAUGUACAAAAAGAACGUGAACGUUAUGAUCGUAUGAUUGAAUUACAUAAGAAGGGUGGAUUAAAUAAUUUAACAAAAAGUAAAAAUUCUAUUACCGCCUUAAAAACACCAGCUAAUAAUGUCAUGAAAUUUUUUAGAAAACAUUUUACAACAAAAAAAAAUGAACAAAGUUUAGUUUAA